UAACCUUUAUUCGGCAUGAAACUUUAGUUCAGUUUGCUAUUCUAUCUAAACGUUCACCGCAUUAACCUAAAUACACAUCUCGUAGGAGAUUGACCGAAGCGCAAUCUAAAGAACCAUUUAUCUGUGAAUAUAACCAUAAAUUUACAUUUUUUUAAAUGGAGAAACUAGAAAGGACAAGUAUCUUAAAGUUAUGUAUAUCAUGCCUUAAGGAAGGAGGAAUUGAAAAUGUAUUAUCCGACAUAUACAAAAACAUCACAAUCCUGGACAUUUUAAAUUUAUGUACUACAAUUCAGCUUAGCAAAAAAGAAGUGGAAACGAAAACUUUGUGUAGUGAAUGUAUUGUUUUUCUUAAAGCAUUUUAUGACUUUAAAGAAAGGGCUAUCGAAUCUUACAAGAUACUAUCCAACUUGAAUAAUCACUCUUUGAAUUUGGAUAACUCUCACCUGAGUAAAAAGGAUAUGGUAUUAAAGACUGAAGUUUCUUGGGAAGCUUUGUCUGAUUCUGAUGUAAAUGAUAAUGGGGAUGAUAAUUGUCAGGAAAUUAGCAAAGAAGUAAUCAUUCAGGAAAGUUUUAGCCAAAUAAGCAGCAUUCAAAACCAAAAAUCUUUAUCAAAGCUGAACAAACAGUUGAAAUUAGAGAGCAAAUGGCAAUGUGGUUAUUGUAACAUAAUAUUUUCCACAUUGAACCCACAGGAGAUAAAGAAACAUAAAUAUAUGGAAAAACAGAAUCGGAUUAAAGUGCAUGAAUGUAACAUAUGUGGAAAAAAAUUUGAUAGUUUUAGAUUAAAACGUCAUAUGCCUUCUCAUUCUACUGACAAACCGGUUGUUUGUGAAUUGUGUGGAAAAGGAUUAAGCUCAAAAUACCAUUUAAAAAAACACAUGAUGUUGCAUAAUGGUAAACCACAUGUAUGUGAAUUAUGUAAAAAGGGAUUCACCGAGAGGUUCCUAUUAAAAGUUCACAUGAAUGAGCAUGAGAAAAAAGAAUCUUUUAUGUGUAGUACAUGUGGGAAAGUUUUUUUAACAACAAUCCAGCUUUCGGUUCAUGUCUCACGACAUGCUUAUGAAAAAAAAGUUCAAGAAGAUGAAGCAAGAAAUCAAUUUACUUGUGAAAUUUGCGGUAAAACACUUGCAAGCAAAACGAAUUUAGAAAUUCAUCUUGCAAAUCAUCAAAAAACAGAUUGGUAUUCAUGUUCCUACUGUAAAAAAAAAUAUACACACAAACGACAAUUAAAAAUGCACAUUAUCGAACAUGAACUGCAGUAUCGAUGUAAAGAUUGCUUUAAAAUUUUUAAGAAAAUUGAUUUAAAGGUACAUGAAUGUCAAGAAACAAAUACUAACUUUACCAACUACUUGCCAAAUGAAUGUAAAAUAUGUGGAAAAAUACUUUUAAAAGUGAACAACAUGAAGAAACAUCUUCAGCGGCAUAGUGCAAGAGAAUGUCAGUUUUGUGGUGAAAAGUUUUUGAGUGCGCGAAAAUUUAGAUUUCAUUUAAACUCUCAUAAGUUAAAGUGUACCUUGUGUAAUAAAGGAUUUGCCAAAAAAGAGAGUUUGGAGUCACAUAUUGAAAAUCAAGUCUGCAUUAAGAUUAAAGCUAAAAAGAAAUGAUGUCUUGCAAUUUUAUAGCGCCUUGGAUAAAUGUAAUAUUCUUAAAUAUAAGAAUUAAAAGUGCCACAUUUCAAUUUUUUGUUGCGU